GGCAAGCUUAACCGCGCGGGAUUGGCUUUCACACCCAUAUUUUCAUUACCAUCUAACAGCCGGACUCGCUCGCUGCUCCCCUCAUGAUCACCGGUCGACCAUCGACUUCUGACAACUUCGACCACCGUAGAAACCACACGUCAGUCACACAUUACUAAAGACAUCCGAAGCACACUGCCCGCUUCCUCAUUUUAUCAUAAACUCGUUUGCUUUCUUCAUCCCGACGAAACAUCAUUGCAGAUGCCCUACGCUCAGUUGUCGGGGACAAUUUUCAAGGAAAACGGCCCAAAAAGAUUGAGCGCGCUGCCGCGACGGACUCGUAAUCGCGGGACCCAACCAAUGCCAGCAGACAAAAGCGGCGAUAUCGACUUCGGACGAAUGACUUACCAUCUCACCGCUCGCCACUAGACCCUAGCGCCGCAGCAAAGAUCUCCAGAACCAGACUUCCUCGUAGGCUUGGGCGCAGCCGCUCGCGCAGACUGUGCGACGUCCGCGCUUUUCUCGCCGCCUCCGCUCCUGUCGACGUGGAACCGGCAUCCGCCUUCGGAUGUGCUCGCUGAUCAGCGGGCACCUCGACUUCCCUCGGUCCUUCAAGUUCGUGCUUCAGCC